AUGUCCCAACUAUCUUCCAUCUUGUCUUCCCUGCCCCGACGAAUAAACGACUUGGAGGUAUUCCAACUGACUCGUCUAAAGCAAUGUUUGGGACCAUUAGAACUGCAUAGAGAGUUGGUCGAUGAGAUGAGGAUCGAUUUGGAGAAUGUACGAUAUAACCUUGAUGUGUUGAAGGAGAUAUCAUAUUCACUCAAUUCACCUCAGCGAGAAGAUGUCAUCUCUCAAAUACAAGAAAUGGAAUCCAAGUAUACAUCUAUCAAGAAGCAAUUUAGAGAAAAUAUAUUAUCUUCAAAGAAGAAUAUAAUAUCGAGGAAAUCAAGAGUACAUGAAUUGAGCGAAAAGAUGAAUUCCCGUUAUGAGCUUGAUGAAUCUCGUAUAAACAAUAAUGGUGAUGACGAUGUUCGAACAAGUGAUGAGAAGGGUAAAGGUAAGGCUAUGAGUGCGGCUGAAUUUGGAAUGGGUGGAGAUGACGAACUUCAAACAAAGACUAACGAAGUUACUACUGCGCUGAGAAGAACGACUGCUAUCAUGCAGACUGAAUUGGAAAGAUCCGUCUUAUCAGUCCAGAUGUUAGAAUCAUCAACGCAAACGCUCAUAUCAACAUCGACUCUGUAUUCUCGCUAUACAUCAUUACUUCAAACAUCAGGUCAACUAGUCAAAGCUAUUGAGAAAGCAGAUUUCCUAGAUCGAAUAAUCAUUUUCGCGGCAUUGGGUUUCUUCUUAUUGGUAAUUGCAUUCAUCAUCAAGCGGAGAGUAGUGGACCGGACCGUUGGUGUGGUCAUUGGGGGUGUCGGUAAAGGUGUCGGAUGGUAUUUGUUCGGAACCGGCAGAUUGCUUAAAUUAGCUUUCAGAGGGAAGACCAAGGGGGAUGGAGUGAACGAUCUGGAGAAGACUGGUAUAUCAGAUAAUAUGGAAGUAAUCGGUAGGAACAACAUAAAUCAAGAUUCUGCUGUUGGUGGUCAAACACCAGAUCAAGAGAAACAAGGAACAGUGAUAGGGAUUGAUAUCGCACCAGGAGCAUCUCCAGUUCCACCUUUCGAUGUCAGCAAAGCGCCAAGAGGAAAAGUUGAGAUUAUACUUAAUGAUGAAAGUGAAAGGAUCAAAGUAGAAUGGGUGAAAGACGAAUUGUAA